AUCCACUCCCUCGCUCUGCUAUCACACACCCCUUGCUUUUACCACUUUCUCUCCACUGUUCCCGAGUUUCGGAAAAUCAAGCAGUGUGUUGAAGGAAAGGUAACAACAAGAGUAAGUUCAGGGGACCACGUCAGGUAGGAACAAGCAGCAAGAGUUUGGAUGUAUUAUUUUGAAGCAUAUGAUGCAAGUUUCUGAAUGAUUGAGAUACAGUACAGUACCUGUGUGGACUUUGAAGAGAAGGAUGAUCGGGAGCAUACCCUUUUUUAACCCAGUUGUGAUGCUCAUGGACAACUUUUUCAUGAAGAACACAUGAAAACACAUUUUGGCUGAUCCUGAAUUGUGACUGUCCACAGCUUUCUGGUCAUCUAAUCAAGACUCCCCAUCCUCCAUCCAGCUCGCCCCACCCUGUCUGUUAUCGCUGCAGAAAUUAAAUGACACCUACCGUCAUCUCAAAUACAGACCUCUGAGAGAACUCUUUUCCCUUUAGUAACAUUCACUGCCAAGUCCAAGGAUCGAUUCUUCUCUUCUAUGUAUCUAACUCUGUGAGAUUUCAGUGCCUCGCUCUGCUUGAAUCCCUUAGCCAUCCCUAGUAGUUCCCAUUACUCUGAGCUCUCAGCAGCACCCACCAUCUCUUGCUCCUUACUGGUUGACACCUCUGGUACUGAGCCAGGAUGAAUGACGUCCAGGAUGCUACCUCCCCAGGGGCCGCCCUCGGUGGCCCUGUCGCCUGCGUCUCCAAAGUGGAGCUGCGCGUCGCCUGCAAGGCCCUGCUGGACCGAGACACACUGAACAAGUCUGACCCAUGUGUCAUACUCAUGGUGCAGAACCAGGGACAGUGGACAGAGCUUGACAGGACAGAGGUGAUCAAGAGCAACCUGCACCCGGUCUUUGCCAAGGUCUUCACCCUGGACUACUACUUUGAGGAAGCGCAGAAGCUGCGGUUCGAGGUCUACGACAUCCAUGGCACCCACAGUAUUGGCACCCGCGAUGACGACUUCCUGGGUGGGGUGGAGUGUACGCUCGGCCAGAUUGUAGCCCAGAAGAAGAUGGUGAAGCCUUUAUUCCUAAAGUAUGCGAAGUACGCCGGGAAAUCCACCAUCACGGUACAUGCUGAAGAAAUUUCUGGCAACAAUGGAUAUGUUGAACUGUUCUUCUGUGCCAAGAAACUGGAUGAUAAGGAUCUCUUCAGUAAGUCAGACCCUUUUUUGGAAAUAUAUCGAAUCAACGAUGAUGGAACGGAACAGCUCGUUCACAGAACUGAGGUAAUCAAAAACAACCUGAACCCCGUGUGGGAGCCCUUUAAAGUGUCUCUAAUCUCCCUGUGUAGCUGUGAUGAGGACAGGAAGCUCAAGUGCCUAGUCUGGGAUUACGACUCCAGGGGAAAACACGACUUCAUCGGAGAGUUUUAUGCCACCUUCAGAGAAAUGCAGAAAAUUGGCGGUGGAAGCAAGGUCACAUGGGAUUGCAUGAAUCCAAAGUACAAACUGAAGAAAAAGAACUACAAAAACUCUGGGGUUGUCAUCCUCAGUGAUCUCAAGCUUCACAGAGUGUAUUCCUUCCUGGACUACAUCAUGGGAGGAUGCCAAAUCCACUUUACAGUGGCCAUUGACUUCACAGCCUCCAACGGAGACCCACGGAACAGCUGCUCCCUACACUACAUCAACCCGUACCAGCCCAACGAGUAUCUGAAGGCUUUGAUAGCAGUGGGGGAGAUCUGUCAGGAUUAUGACAGUGACAAAAGAUUUUCCGCCUUGGGAUUUGGUGCCAGAAUUCCACCCAAUUACGAGGUGUCCCAUGACUUUGCCAUCAAUUUCAACCCAGAGGACGAUGAAUGUGAAGAGAUUCAGGGGGUGGUGGAGGCCUACCAGAACUGUCUGCCUAAGAUCCAGCUGUAUGGCCCCACCAACGUCUCUCCCAUCAUCAGCAGGAUAGCCAAGCUGUCAGCAGGAGAGGAGACCAUCAAAGAUGCCUCACGUUACCACAUCCUGCUGAUACUCACGGACGGCGUGGUGACAGACAUGGCGGACACACGCGAGGCCAUCGUGCGUGCCUCCUACCAGCCCCUGUCCAUCAUCAUCGUUGGCGUGGGCAAUGCAGACUUCACAGACAUGCAGAUCCUGGACGGGGAUGACGGGGUGCUGCGCUCACCCAAAGGAGAGCCCGUCCUCAGGGACAUUGUGCAGUUUGUGCCCUUCAGAGACUUCAAAACGGCCUCGCCCGCUGCCUUAGCCAAAUGUGUCCUGGCGGAGGUGCCCAACCAAGUGGUGGAGUACUACAGUCACAAGGCCAUCUGCCCCAUGCCGCCCGUCCCAUCAUGUGACUCUCCCACCUCCCUUGCCAACACGCCCACGGCCUGACCAUAUCUCAGUCCAGCAGAGAGAGCGAGAGAGAGGGUGCAUAUCGCUGCUCUGGACCAAAAACCAUGGUCAUUAAUAUUAGUGUUGUUAUCAUUCCUUUUUCAUUCGUACAGCGUUCACACACAGACUGGAAUCUCAAACCUUUGGAUUGUUUUCUCUCUCCAUUCGGAUCAUGUCCCUCUGCCUGGCUGUGCAUCCAUCUGCCUGUUCAGCAUGAUGCUGGAGCCUUCGUCCUCUUCCUCCUGUUUUGGGGAUGCAUGCAGGUGAAUCCCUCCCAGAGUUGAUCAACUACGGUCACAUGCUCUCUGUCCCCUUCUGCCCUGAUACUGGCACCUCGGCCCUCAGUUGAUUUUUCUAUGACUUCUAAGGCUCUCCAAGGCUUCAGUCUGCUUCUCCUCUGUGUCCAUUUUGCUCUGCUGUGUCUCUCUAAGUCUUACUGCCCAUCCCUGGUAUUGUCGGAAGAGCCUGUCAGCUGAAGGAUUGGGGCGGGGGGGG